GCGGUGCGCGCGGACGUUGCACCGGCCAAUCCCGCCUCUCCCCCCGUCAGGCGCUGCCUGCUUGGCGCCGCGCGGCGGGCUCGUUCUCUGCCCCUCACCCCGAGCAGGGGCCGUUACUGCCUUUUGGCGCUGCUGGGAGCGGCUCCGCGCGCGCGCAGCUCCGGACCCUGCGGGGGGAGGGGGCCUCCCGGCGGCGCGAGCCCGUCCCCGCGCGUGGGGGCACGACGCUCCGGGCGUGCGGAGGUCACACGGCUGCUGGGGGGGUUAAGCUGUCAUGGGUCAAAAUAGCAGCGCCCCCCAACCCUACGACUUCUACUUUUAGACCACGUAGCUGGGCAGAGUCAUUACUGAAUUCCUGUUACAAGCGUCCUUCCCGAGCAGGGUUCAGAGAUGGACUCAGAGGAAAGGACAACCAACAGAAGUGAACAAAAAUCAAGGAAGAUUUUAAGAAGUCUAAUAAGGAAGCAGCCUUGGGACCUUCUUUUGGUAAUUGGAACCGGAGUGAGUGCUGCUGUAGCACCAGAAAUACCAGCACUGUGCUCAUGGAGGAGCUGUAUUGAAGCUGUCAUUGAAGCAGCUGAACAACUGGAGGUGCUUCAUCCAGGAGACGUUGCUGAAUUCCGCAAAAAAGUGAUCAAAGACAGAGACUUGCUUGUAGUUGCACAUGAUCUCAUAAGAAAGAUGUCCCCACGCACAGGUGAUACCAAGCCCAACUUUUUCCAGGAUUGCUUAAUGGAGGUGUUUGAUAACUUGGAACAACACAUUCAGAAUCCUGUUGUUCUACAGUCAAUCCUCAGGCUAAUGGAGAGAGGCACUAUGGUCCUUACAACAAACUAUGACAAUUUACUUGAAAUUUUUGGUCAGCAACAGGGUAAACCCAUGGAGUCUUUAGACCUGAAAGAUAAGGAUAAGGUUCUUCAGUGGGCAAGAGGUCAUAUAAAGUAUGGAGUUCUUCAUAUUCAUGGCUUGUAUACAGAUCCCUGUGGAAUGGUGUUGGAUCCUUCAGGAUAUAAAGAUGUUACUCAAGAUCCUGAAGUAAUGGAGGUUCUACAGAAUUUGUAUCUGACCAAAUCCUUCUUGUUUGUGGGCUGUGGAGAGACUCUGCGUGAUCAAAUAUUCCAGGCUCUCUUUCUGUAUACUGUAAAGAAUAAAGUAGAUUUAGAACAUUAUAUGUUGGUGCUUAAAGAAAAUGAAGACCACUUUUUUAAACUCCAGGCAGAUAUGCUUCUGCAUGGAAUAAAAGUAGUAUCCUAUGGUGAUUGCUUUGAAUAUUUCCCGGAGUAUGUCCAAGAUCUAACUGCUCAAAUCUGCAAGCAGAGGAGUCCAGAUGCUGAUCGAGUGGAUAGUACAACACUGUUGGGGACUUCAUGUGUGGACUGUGCAAAGAGAAAGUUAGGAGAAAAUGACUUGGAUCUUUCUAAGAGAGUCAAACAAUCUGAUAAUGUUGAUACCUCUGCUGGUGACCUGGGCAUUGUAAAGAAGUUUGAAACCCAAGUGCAGGGCAACUGCGCAGGACCACCGGAGAGGGAAGCAGAGAACUGGGCUCUCAGUACUCCAGAGUUUCAGUGACUUUCUCUACCUGGCAUUGACUGUAACAACCCUGCUUCCUGGCAAGAACAACAACUUGGAAUGGCAUUAAGAGUUUACCUUCAUAUACCAUAGUAGCCUGCUGCUCUUAGCAAUUUUUUCUCGCCCAGAGUGAACUAUUCUCACUAUUACUAGUCCCAGUCAAGAGCAGGGAGUAACUGCUAAAAGCUGUUAGAAACUAAUUUAAUAAAUAAAACUAACGUUCUGACUGUACCCUAAGGUUAAAGUAAAAGUUUAAAAAUAGACAAGGAUUCAUUUCCACACCACCACAAAAAGGCAGUGUUAAAUAUACCUAAACUAAAAGUUGGAGAAGGCUGGGGUUCAAACACUUGAAAGUGAAACUGACACAGACUAUAAAGAGAUAUUUUAAGUAGAAAGUACGGUUGAAAUUAAGUUAUUUUUAAGAACUGCAAACAAGGGUAGCACAUUGUGUGUGUCGUCAUUCGGACAACUUGCUUGCAUAUUUUAUUUCUUCCCCACCCACCCCCUUUUUCAUCUAUUUUCUUAUUCCUGGUUCCUCUUCCAAGCUGCUUUAUGUGGGCAUGCCCCUGCACCUUCGACUGAAUCAAUUAAGCUCCAUAUGCCCAGAGGGCUAUCAGCACAAAGCUGCUUACAAGAUCUGAACCUUAAACUGUAAGCUCCUUGGAGCAGGCACCAUCUUCAUAUUUUAUAAAGCACAAAUAUCUGA